UUCAUCUCACAUACACCUUGCUGACUCGUGAAGUGCGUAUUACACGAUUUUUCAUGAAAACAAGUCACCAAAAUUUCAAUAAGUGAUAACAGAGCGGUUCACCACGGUUUCUCGUGUAAGAGGAUUUGUGCAGUGACAUGCGAACUGUUUGAUUAACCGCGAAAACGAAGAUGCGUGCACAGCACUUGGCAUUCAAUUUCAUUGGCAAUCGUCACACAAUGUCACCCCUGUAAACAGAAACGGCGGCCGUACCCAAGGACUGUUCCAUUUAUAAGGCAGUCAACCGCAUAAUCGUCAAAAACACUGCCAUCGUCCAGUAGGGCGCAGGAGAGACCAGUUGGCUGACACACGCAGAGGGAGACAAACCCAACAUUCAACCAAAACUAUUGCUGAAUAGUUCUGCACACAAGAUCAAGCCAUGUUACAAGAUGGUGUCCGAACGCCGGGGUUCACGGUGGAAACACCCCCUCCACAUAUGGAGAACGCUGGGGGGAUCCCACUGAAGGUUGCCAUGAUAUCUGUGCACGGGGAUCCUUUGGUUCCGAAUUCAGAACUGGGUUCUGAUGGCAAAGGUGGACAAAAUGUCUACGUGAGAGAAGUGGGGAAAGAGCUUGCCAAACUCAACUGCGACAUCACUUGGUUCACCCGAAGCGAAGCUCCGGACCAGGUGGGUGUGAUUGACAUAUCACCUACCCUCAGAUGCCAGUACAUUGUUGCUGGGCCUCAGGAACACAUCAACAGGGACUUCCUCUUCACCCAUCUCGACUGCUUCAUCGCACAGAUCGAUGCCUCCAAGUUUGAUUGCGUAUUCACCAAUUACUGGUUAAGUGGCUACGUUGGCCUGCGUCUUGGACGACCCCAGUUGCACGUGCACCACUCCCUUGGACAAUUGAAAUAUGAGCGACUGGAAAUGCCCGAAAUCGGCCCAACUCGCCUGACCGUAGAAAAACUCCUCAACAAGUAUGUCGCCUGUAUGGUACAUCAGACAGAUUCUGAGAUCAAACUGUGCGAAUCGACAAAUCCAGUUUUAAUUAAAGCUGGUAUCAACACGGAUAGAUAUGAACAGUGCGACCCAACCGCUGCUCGACAGGAACUGGGUUUUGACGAGAGCACCAUCAACGUAUUGUUUGCUGGACGUUUUGCCUCGCAGAAAGGUGUUCCGUACGUUAUUGAAGCAAUGAAAUCAACAGAUGUCCCUUUCAAAUUUCGUCUGAUUGGUAACUAUAAGGGGAGUGAAUUUGAACAUUUGGUGGCUGAAAAUCCACAGUUUGAUUUUGUUGGCCAACAACCUCCAGAAAUGCUGGCGCUAUACAUGGUGGCCUCUGAUAUUUUAAUCAUGCCUUCCUUGUACGAGCCUUUUGGAAUCGUUGCUAUCGAGGGAAUGGCCAGCAAAUGCUCUUUGAUUGUGUCUGCUACUGGUGGUUUGGAUGAAAUCGUGGAAGAGGGCGUCACAGGACUCAAGAUACCCCCUGGAGAUGCUAACGCCAUUCGCGUGGCGUUCGAACGAUUGGCAGCGUCGCCCGACCUCAGACGUCGGCUUUCUGAAAACGCACACGUCAACGCCAUGUCAGCCUACAGUUGGAAGGGGACAGCAAUCAAAAUACGCCAGCAGUUAGAAAGAAUUGUCUAUUGCAACCCUGUUCCAGCCAACAGAAUUUUCACACCAGCUGUCCAACCUGCACACAAUAAGGGUGCUUCAGCAGACUUAACCGACGUCGGGCUUGCGUCCAAGAGAUCGUACGUUGGUUAAAUUCUGACCAAAACGAACAUUCCAUUUUUCUGCCAAAAUUGUACAUAGUCCUGACGUUGCACACUGAUAUAAUUCACACGAGCCGCUUGAAUUGUGAAUUACUUAAUGAGUGAAGUGAAUAUAUAUAUAUAUAUAUAUAUAUAUAUAUAUAUAUAUAUAUAUAUAUAUAUAUAUAUACACACACGGACUGUAUGCACCCAUAAUUUGCACUGUAUAUUUGGAUUUGGUGUUCUGCUUAAACUCAGACUAACAAUCAGUAUUUUUUUUCUUCAAUUAAUUCAAAUAUUUUACCCAAUGGUAGGCCUAAUGUUAUUUUAGUCAAUAACAUUUGAAAGAGUUUUCCUGGCGUGCAUGUAUGCAUGCGGUCUACACAUCCAACCCUCCUUGUUCGAGCAGCAGUGCUCGAUAAUUGUCGGAUACACCAUUAUUUCUACUCUCCUUUCGGAUGCAAGUGUUUGACAUACAUGUAUAUAUACAAUAAAUAAGUAAAAUACUGUUCAAAAAGAGGCAACAGAACAAAAGAUUCAAUUAUUAAACAGAUUCUAGUUAUAUAUAUACAUCACUGAAAUAUUAAACGGUUGGACAAAAUUUGUUAUGAAAGCUUCACAUACUAUUUACUGAUUUUGUAUAACGUUACAAAAAAUAAUAAAUAAAUAAAUUGAUGCA